AUGUUUCAAUUCAUUGGUAGAAGAGCCUUGUCGGUCUCACAAACAACACUUUCAUCCUUGAACCGUUCUGCUUCAUCAUCUCUUGCUCUACGUACAAUAGGAAACACAAGCCUACGUUCCUAUUCCGCAUCAACUAGUGUAGAUCAGCAGCAGUCCAAAGCACCAACAUCGGAGCAAACAUCAUCCGUUUCUCCCCAAGCAAACUCAUCAGAAACAACCCCCAACACAACAACUAAUGCAAUCAACACUACUACCACAACAGUAGAAAACCCAUCGGAAGCAAAACCUCCAAGAUAUAACCUUGGUUCUGGCAAAUCAUAUAAUGGUAUUCCAAUUCAUACUCCACCCAAUCAAUUCUCAAAGAGAAGUGGCUUCUUUAGUACAUUAUUCAGAUACACAAUAUACUUUUUCUUGUUCUUUUGGAUUUUCAGUGGAUAUCCAAUUCACACAGUGUCUAGCUUUAUUUAUCGAUUAAUGCAUGGAGAGCCAGAAGAAGAAAAAGACGAUCAAUAA